AUGGCGGAGGAAUCCUAUCCGCUAUCGAGUAUGAACAACUUUGAAGGUGUCCAACGGACAUCGCAUUCUCGACACUCCAGCAGAGGGAACGGUACAGCUCUACUCGGUGACAAUAUGGACGAUGAUAACGGUAUAACGGUAUUUCCCGGCGACGAACGCGACUGGGAUUCCGAAGAAGAGGGAGUACGAACUACCCCGGCGUAUCCGGAUGAGGACAUACGACCAACCUCUCAAAAGGAAAUAUACGGCUGGUAUAGCUAUGCUUGGGCGUCUGAAGUGUUUGCCAUUUGCGCGAUGGGGAGUUUCAUACCCGUGCUGCUCGAGCAGCUUGCGCGCGAGAAGGGCCAUAUUCUGGGGAGUCCUGAGUCGCGAUGUAAAAGCUCGGAGAACAUGGGGCCUGGCGGCGCUAGCGGUGGGAACGGCGGUGUGAAGGCUCCAGUUUGCGUAGUAGACAUCAUGGGAUUUGAGAUUAACACAGCUAGUUUCGUGAUGUACACGUUCUCGCUAAGUGUUAUGUUUCAAGCGUUGGUCAUUAUCUCGAUGUCCGGUGCUGCAGAUCAUGGGCGUUAUCGAAAACAGUUGCUUUUGAUUUUUGCCUACAUUGGCGCAGUAGCUUGCAUAUUGAUGCUGUUCGUGAACGCUCAAUGGGUGGGAACAGCAUCUCUUCUCGCACAGAUCGGAAACGUGACAUUUGGAGCAUCUUAUGUUCUCAUGAAUUCAUUCCUUCCACUUAUUGUCCGGAAUCAUCCUUCGUUAAAGAAUACCUCCGGACCACAAACUCGUCUACCAAACGCCAGCCAAAUAUCUCUGGAGGAUGAAGACAUUGGUGCCGAAGACGCUACCCUCCUUGGUGGGCGCACGACUUCGGCCAAGCCUGAAUCCAAUGGCAAAAUGACACCAGCCAUGCGUCUUUCAACGGGAAUAUCGUCUAAUGGUAUCGCGAUUGGUUACUGCGGCGGUGUUAUACUUCAAAUUCUUUGCAUCAUGAUAGUAGUCUCCAGUGGGUCCACUACAAAUUCGCUUCAGGUUUCGGUAUUUUGUGUAGGCCUUUGGUGGUUCUUCUUUACAAUUCCUUCGGCGAUGACGUUAAGACCUCGCCCUGGGCCCCCACUGCCUCUCCAUGAUGGAGAAAAAUUCAACUGUGUAAAAUAUAUCACCUAUUCGUGGUUGGGACUUUUCCAAACGAUCCGUCAAGCGAGCAAACUUCGUGAUGUUUCGUUGUUUCUAGUUGCUUGGUUCAUGGUUUCUGAUGGAGUGGCGACUAUUGCAUCGUCGGCUAUCGUCUUUGCAAAGACAAAUCUCGGGAUGUCGCCUCCGCAGCUUGCCGCCAUCGGGGUUAUCAUGCCAAUCAGUGGUGUGAUUGGAGCUUUUAGUUGGCCGAAGAUUAGUCAUUGGGCUGGAUGGAGCGUUGGCCAAACUAUCUCCAUUUGUAUUUCAAUGUUUGCAUUGAUCCCGUUAUAUGGGCUGAUGGGCCUACUUAAGCCGGUGCAAGAUGCCGGCUUUGGGUUAACAAGGCCUGGGGAAAUGUACGCUCUUGCCAUCUGGUUCGGAUUUGUCUUAGGUGGCCAGGGAGGCUACUGUCGAAGCCUGUUCUCGGAGCUUCUACCCCGAGGCUCAGAGGCCGCAUUCUUUGCCCUCUACGCCAUUACUGAUAAAGGAAGCAGUAUCUUUGGUCCUACCAUCGUCGGAUUAAUUACAGACAGAUGGGGCGACAUCAGACUCGCAUUUUGGUUCAUAUUGGGCCUACUUCUUGUCCCGCUCCCGUUCCUCUACUUCGUCGAUGUCCACAGGGGUAAACAAGCCGCCGAGGAUUUUGUUAGGGAAAGAGAAGCGAGGGAAGCGGAAGAUCGCGAUGAGAAUUUCUCGUGA